AUGUCUGGACCACUACAAGACGUGGUAGAAGAAGACGCGGCGGAUUUACAAUUUCCAAAAGAAUUUGAAAAUGCCGAAACUUUACUAAUAUCCGAAGUCGAUAUGUUACUAGAGCAUAGAAAAGCACAAAACGAAUCCGCGGAGGAGGAACAAGAAUUUUCUGAAGUUUUUAUGAAGACACUGACCUACACAAACAUGUUUAAAAAGUUUAAAAACAAAGAGACCAUAACAGCAGUAAGAAACUUAUUGCAAUCCAAAAAAUUACAUAAGUUUGAAGUAGCCAGUUUAGCAAAUUUGUGCCCUGAAACACCUGAAGAAGCUAAAGCUCUUAUUCCAUCACUUGAAGGAAGGUUUGAAGACGAGGAACUCAGAAUAUUGUUAGAUGACAUACAAACGAAACGAAGUAUUCAAUACUAA